AUGACGACGCGCGCGAUCGCGACGCACCGCGUCGUCGCGCACCUGGACCUCGACGCGUUUUACUGCCAGGUCGAGCGCCGCGAUCUGCGCGCGAAGACCGCGGCGGGGCGCCGCGACGGGCGCGCGUCGGCGGAGGAUGUCCCGCUGGUGGUGGUGCAGUAUAAUCCGUUCGAGCGCGGCGGCGUGCGCGCGCUGGCGCCGGACGACGAUCGAGAGCUUCGCGAUGGGUUCGAAAAUCACUCGUUGAUCGCGGUGUCGUACGAGGCGCGCGCGAGAGGGGUGAAGCGGAACAUGCGAGGACGCGAGGCGAGGGCGCUGGCGCCGGCGUGCGCGGUGGUGCAGGUGCCGACGCGGCGGUCGAAGGCGGAUUUGACGCUGUACAGGGAGGCGGGACGCGAGGUGGCGGCGGUGCUGGCGCGCGGAGGGACGAUCGAGCGGGCGAGCAUCGACGAGGCGUACUUGGAUCUGACGGAGAGCGCGAAGAAGGUUUUGGAGGAGACGGCGUGGGCGACGAUUUUGGAAAAGGCGAGGACGAGUCACGCGGCGGGCGCGAGCGCGGUGAGCGGGAAAGGAUACGCGUCCGUGGCGUGGUGGAAUAGAGACGAGAGCGAAUGGCGAGAGGAAGAGAAACUUCUCGCCGCGGGGGCGUACAUUUGUUUCAAUCUUCGCAAGGCGUGCGUGGACGAGCUCGGGUACACGUUGAGCGCGGGCAUCGCGUUGAACAAAAUGCUCGCCAAGCUGACGAGUGGGAUGAACAAGCCGGCGUCGCAAACGGUACUCUGUCCCGACCACACGUCGACGCUUUUAGAUGAAUUACCCAUCGACCGCAUUCGCGGUUUAGGUGCCAAGUUUGGACGCGAGCUCGCGGAUGGUUUAAACGUGAAAACCAUCGGCGAACUCGCGAGGACGCCGCUGCGCAAGCUCGAGGAAGUUUGUGGGGAAGAAAAAGCGCAGUGGGUGCGCAAAGUGUCUUUAGGUUUAGAUGAUGACCCUGUCAAAGCGCGCGAGAUGCCGAAAAGCAUCGGCACCGGGAAGACGUUUCGAGGGGCGUUGGCGAUUCGCUCCAUCGCGAGCGCCAAGCACUGGCUCGCCGAACUCACCGCCGAGUUGAACGAUCGGUGCGAGGCGGACGAAGAAGAGUGGAAUCGCGUGCCAAAGCUGUUGACUUUAGGUCUUUCGAGCCCGGAUGAGCGCGAGACGAGCAGUGGGCAUUGCUCGCGACGGUGUCCUUUGCGACCUGGCGCGGACGAAAUGGCGCAAGACGCGCUCACGUUGCUCUCGAAAUGGGCCAGUGGUCGCGAGCGUUGGUCGAUCACCGGGAUGUCCGUGUCGGCGUCAAAUUUCGUGUCGCUCGAAAAAGACAGCGGCGACGUCGUGGAGAUGUUUAAGAACGCGACGAAAGCAGCCAAGGCGCCGGCGUCGGUGUCGGCGACGCCCGCGGCGAGUCCGAUCAAGGCUGAUCAAAUCGACAAAAACGUGUUGGCCGAGCUCCCGGAGGCGAUUCAGCGCGAGAUUCGAGCGUCCAUGGGCUUGUUAGACAAGUCCACCGGUGGCGGCGUGAAGCGUAAGAACGAAAUUACGAAUUAUUUCAGCAAAAAGCGUUAG